CUCCGGUGUCAGUAGUUCUCAAAGCGAGAGGAUAGUGGUUUGCGAGAAUUGCAUGAAAUAUACUUCAGUGGCAUGCUUUAACCUAUGGUGUUACCUAACAAACCAUUAAGCAGCUAAAAAGCAUGAAGAAGAGGUUUAACAUCAACCUGGAUGACUCUGCUUUCACCAAAGAAAGAACACCGCCAAAGCCGCAGUUUCAAGCUUCGUCUAAAGGAGGACAAAACAGCUCAGAAUCAAAUUCAUGUUCAACAAAUCCUGCCAAUGAACCAGUGGACCAGCCUAUUUCCUAUGCAGAUUAUGUCGUCCAGAGUAAAAGCUGUGUAGCUGGUCCUCCUCAAAGAGUGGGUCCCUCCAAACUACUCCGGACUGAAGGAGAUGGAGACAGCAAUCAGAAGCAAAGUGACUCAGAUUCAGUACGUUCUGCCCCAGGCUUAUGUGAAACAGUUCAGGACCCUGCUAAAGGGACUGAAGAUGGAUCUGAUGGGGUUGAGAAUUGCGAGAAGACACAGGUGGAUGAUGGCACACACCAGGAAGAGGGGAAUUGUCAAAGGUCAUAUCCAAGCCUAAACCUGGGGCCAAAACCAGUGGGGACUGGGAGCAGCAUUAUUGUCAGUCCCCGGCAGAGGGGAAAUCCAAUCCUGAAGUUUGUGAGGAGUGUCCCUUGGGAGUUUGGUGAGGCCGUACCAGACUAUAUCCUGGGCCAAACAACUUGUGCUCUCUUUCUCAGUCUGAGGUAUCACAAUCUCAAUCCCAACUAUAUCCACGAUCGUCUCAAGCUGCUUGGACAGACUUUCACCCUGCGAGUGUUGCUGGUUCAAGUAGAUGUGAAAGACCCUCAUCAUACGUUGAAGGAGCUGGCUCGCAUAUGCAUCAUGGCUGACUGCACUCUGAUCUUGGCUUGGAGUCCAGAGGAGGCUGGUCGUUACCUGGAAACCUACAAGUCAUAUGAAAAGAAACCAGCAGACUUACUGAAGGAGCAAGUUGAAAAAAACUAUCUGUCACAGGUUACUGAUUGCCUCACCACUGUGAAGUCCAUAAACAAGACCGAUGCCAUUACCCUACUGUCCACUUUCUCAUCUGUAGAAGGAAUCAUCAGUGCAUCUAAGGAAGACUUGGUUCUCUGUCCAGGCCUUGGACCCCAAAAAGCAAGGCGACUCUAUGAUGUGCUGCAUAAGCCCUUCCUCAAGUCAAAGACAAAAGACAGCUGAAACAAAGAGUGUGUGACAUGCUCCUGGCAAGAACUCCUUAAUGUUGGUUGUUGUGUUGAACAGCAAAAGAAAACACACACAUUUCAGAAGACUGAAUUAAAUAAACACGCUUGAUCUACUGAGGUGAUGAGAUAAAGUGCGAAAUAUUAAGCUGUUGGAGCUGCACACUGAAUAUAUGCCGAAUUAAGUCAUGGAUUUGUUCAAUGUUGGUUCUUUUAUUAAAUGAAAAUAAAUAUUUUUGUAUACUGUUAA